AUGGAGGCUCCCGAAUCUCAUACGCCACCAAAAACAGCAGACGAGAAAACUUCCAUCAACAAUGUCUCCCACAAAGAAAUAGGCUCUGAAGCCCGCCGCGCCACUGAAAUCGAGCACGAAAUGACCUUUCUAGACGGAGUAAAACUCUACCCCUCCGCCAUCCUCUGGUCAGCCUUUUUCUCACUCGGAGUAAUCAUGACAGCGUUCGAUCCACAGCUUCUCGGCAGUCUGUAUGCCACCCCAGCAUUCCAGAUAGACUUCGGCUAUCUCUACAACGGAUCAUAUAUCAUCAGUGCUCCAUGGCAGACCGCUUUAGGGAUGGGGAAUCCGAUCGGGCAGUUUGUUGGUGCGUUGGCGGCUAGUUAUCCGAUGGAAAGGUUUGGGAGGAAAUGGACUUUUGCUUUAUGUGUUGUUGGUACAGCAGGGUUCAUAUUUAUGCAGUUCUUUGCUCGUUCGAUCGAAGUCCUUCUCGUGGGAGAGCUGAUCGGUGGUCUUAUCCUGGGGAUGUACACCACCAUUGCUCCAACUUAUGCGUCAGAAGUUUGUCCAAUUGCUCUUCGAGGACAUCUUACGGCUUAUAUCAAUUUGUGUUUUGUUACGGGUCAGCUACUUGCAAAUGGAGUCAUUGCAGGUUCCUCGCAGUUGGACAACCACUGGGCUUACAGUACUCCAUUCGCCAUUCAAUGGUUGUGGCCUAUUAUUAUUCUCUGUGGAAUUCCAUUUGCGCCGGAAUCCCCAUGGUGGUUGAUCAGACAGAAUCGGAUCGAGGAGGCUGAGCACUCCUUGAAUCGCUUGUCGUCCUCGGCGGUCAAUAACAAACUCGUGCUAGCGAUGAUGAUAGAAACAGACAUGCUGGAGUUUGAAAUGCAAACGGGUGUAACUUACUGGGAUGUUUUCAACAAAGUCAAUAUUCGUCGGACCGAGAUCUCCAUUGCAGUCUUUACUACUCAGGUAUUUAGCGGGAUCUACAUGGUGGGGUAUGCGGCGCUGUUCUUCCAGCUCGCGGGCCUUGAUGGUCAGAAAUCAUUCAACAUGAGCGUUGGAUAUCUCGCUCUAGGAUGGAUUUGCACGUGUAUCUCUUGGAUCUUCAUUUCGAAGUGGGGGCGUAGGCGAAUCUACAACAUCGGACUCGCCUUCCUCACACUGAUCAUGUUCAUCAUAGGGAUUUUAGAUUGCGCUCCAAAUUACGAGAAUAGACCCGGCGUAAUCUGGGCGCAAUCGACCCUCAUGAUCAUCUGGAAUGGGGUCUUCGAUCUCAGCAUCGGGCCAGUCUGCUAUACCAUCUUCUGCGAAGUAUCCGCCACCAAAGUGCGGACAAAAACCAUCGCUGUAGCGACUGCAGCACAAGCACUCGUGGGAAUAGUCAUGACUGUCGCGAUUCCUUAUAUGAUCAAUCCUGAUCAAGCCAACAUGCGAGGGAAGAUGGGAUUUUUCUUUGGGGGUCUUUCCAUUUUGUGCUUGAUUUGGUGUUGGCUCAGGGUUCCGGAAACGAAGGGACGCACCUUCGAGGAGCUGGAUUUAAUGUUUGCGAGAGGUGUGAAGACAAGGGAGUUUAAGGAUUAUAAGAUUGAUUGA